GGAGCUUGAGCAUGUCAUUGACUCACAUUCCAUCCCUUCAAGAUCCUUUUUUGAGCCAACCUACCACAAACUGCCCGAUUUUGGACCACAUCCUACCCCCACUAUCACCGAGGAUUCUCUACAGCAUAGAAAAUCCUGGACCCGAUCCGCGACCUAGAUCGCCUAUUAUCCGUGUUUCCACUCCCAACGCGGGGUCCUUGGAACGCCGAGCUGCCGACAGUUCUGCCCCGCGAUCCAUCACCAAACAGACAAAGCCAUGGCUCCCUCACAAGCGGCCCAUGUGCCCACGCUGGACAACUUAAUAAAGUCGUUUAACAACCAAACCCUCGAGGCGUCGAUUGAAUCCCUGAUUUUUCUCCUGAAGAGGCGCCAGGUCAAGGGCGACGAAUGCGCCAAAGCAACCGCACACAUCCUCCGACAGGUUGUCGCCAAAUCCAAGUGGAACGAUGUCGACCAGCUUCUGUCUAGGGUCCAGAGCGCUGGGUCGAGGCUGGCUCGGGCUGCCCCGAUAGAGCCUGUCAUCGGAAAUGUGGUGCGACGUGUCUUGGGCUUGAUCCGUGACGAGGCGACCGAGGACAGGAACGCCGACGAUUUGGCUAGCGAGGCCGCUUCCGACAUCCAGAGCUUGACUCCGAGCACCAACCCGAACGCUCAUCCCCCACAGCGGCCCGCCCACGUCCCGGUGCGCCCUUCUCCUUCCGUCAUCUCGACAGGCCUGCAGGUCUCCAAGUCCAUGUUCAACCUCCUCUCCGUUGCGAACCCCGGCGACUCGCCAAUAACAGGGGCAUCGACCCCAAUGUCACAGGCUCAGCCAGCCAGUGUGCAUGCUCUGCGUUCCGAAGUCAUGGACGGAAUCGAGGAGAUCUUGGACGAAAUCAACCAGGCCGACGACCAGAUUGCAGGGUUCUCGGAUAUCCAGAUCCAUCCUGGUGACUACGUGCUGGCCUACCAGCCAUCAAGGACCGUCGAGAGGUUCCUUAUCAAAGCUGCAUCAAAACGGCGUUUUACUGUUAUUAUCGCCAGCCAUGCGUUUUCCGACGGGGCCUCCGAGCCUCCCUACGCCAUGCUACGGAAGAAGCUCAACGCGGCUGGAGUAAACACAAUCAACCUGGCGAGCAACGGCCUGAUGGCGUAUAUCCCCAGGGUCAACAAGGUCAUCUUCAGCGCAAAGGCCGUAUACCAGAACGGAGGUCUGCUGGUGGACAGCGGUUCCUGCAUUGCUGCCCAGGCAGCGCACGAAUACCUCAAGCCUGUCAUCGUUCUCUGCCCCGUCUACAAAUUCUGCCCCGAGGAUCCAUCAGACGAGGUGUCGAGGGGCGAGCUAGGCAACCCGUCCAGCUAUGUGAGCUACGCAAAUGGCCCAGCGGUAGACGCGCUCGAAGUGGAGAAUACUGUCACAGACUACAUCCCGCCAGAGCUUAUUGAUGUCUACCUCACCAAUCUGGGCCCUCAAACGCGGCAUCAUCUUGCGAGCAUCCUCGCAGACCACUAUAAGACGGAGGAUAUUGGCUUCUCUUUGCAACUUGGCGAGCCAUGAGGCUAGCCGGUAUUGGCACAUUCGAGCCGAGGCCGCCAAGGACGCGACAGCUCUUUCGUGGCCCUAGAAAUGCAUCGAGAUUUGGCAUCUGACGACUUACCCGAAUGGUCCCCCUGGAACUAACAGCAUGCUGGGGAGGUGCAUCAUUCCCAUACCACCCGGCCGCGUAAGCCGGGUGCGGAUUGCGUGGGACAAAGCUGCGGGGAACAAGGGGAGAACCCCAACAGCGGGGCGAUGUCAGCCAAGACCUCCCACCUCAAAGGCCCAAUCGUCGGGUCUUGGCGAAUGAGAGGUCGGACUUCUGACGUGGGGCUGAUUAGUGAAGCGUUCCUGAGCUUACGCCUCGCCCGAAGCUGAGGGCGCCAGUGACUCUUUUGCGCAUCCAAUAAACCAUAUCACCCCACCUA